GAAAAGAUUGGGGCAGAGUAUCAAUCUGGAUGAGAAAAUGGCAUUUGCUCAGUCUAAUAUUGUCAAAGGCUUUACAGCGAUUGAAAAUCUGUUGAAGAGCUCUUCAUGGAGUUAUGCAACAGGAGAUGAAGCCCAACUUGUAUCUUUUCUCCUAGGCUCCUAGCUCUACGUGCUGUUCAUUUCGGCUGAUGUUUUCUUGGCUCCCCAGAUCCUUAAAGCAACAAAAAGAUUUCAAAUUGAUAUGUCUCCUUUCCCCACCCUCGUGAGACUGAAUGAAGUAUAUUCUGAGCUUUCAGCGUUCCAGUCAGCUCUUCCUGAAAGGCAGCCGGAUGCUCACGCCUCCUCAUAAGACCUGCAAUACAGUUUUCACAGAGAAUUUCAAGCUCAAGAAUCUGUGGCAACUUCGUGUUACCGCUUACCAACCAAUAUGGCAUCGUUCACUGCUUAUAAGUGGUUAGGGAACUUCAACAAUUUCAUUCAUCUUCAUGGUAUUAUCAAGUGUUGGGAGGAUUCUGGAACAAGAAUAAAGUAUAGAAAUUGGAUUUGGUUGAGGAAAAUAUGCAGCACGUGCUUGCUGAGCCUUCUCCUCCAGAUUAUGUUCAUUUCAGCUGAUACAGACCCUAAAGAUGCUGUUGCUCUCACUUCCUUGGGGAAUCUGUGGAAGAACAAGCCAUCAAACUGGGUAGGUCUUGAUCCUUGUGGCGAUAGUUGGAUUGGGAUUAGAUGCACAGACUCUCGUAUAACCUCAAUAACGCUUUCGAGUUUGGGCCUUGAAGGCACACUUUCUGGAGAUAUUCAGUCAUUGACAGAGUUACAGGCUCUGGAUCUGUCUUAUAACAAGGGUUUAACUGGAGGACUUCCAGCAUCAAUUGGCAGUCUGAUUAAACUUCAGAACUUGAUCCUUGUUGGUUGCAGUUUUUCUGGUGAAAUACCACCUGAAAUAGGCUCUCUGAAAAAUCUUGUUUUUCUCUCUUUGAACUCUAAUCGCUUUACUGGAAGUAUACCUGCAACCAUCGGUAAUCUAUCAAACCUUUAUUGGCUAGAUUUGGCAGAUAACCAGCUUUCAGGAACAAUCCCUGUAUCCAAUGGCACAACUCCUGGUCUUGAUUUAUUAACUCAUACCAAACACUUCCAUUUUGGUAUGAACCAACUUUCCGGUGAGAUCUCAAGUAAACUUUUCAGCUCAGACAUGAUUCUAAUACAUGUGCUUUUUGAUGACAAUAAGCUGACUGGAAGCAUCCCAUCAACACUAGGACUUGUAAAAGCUUUGGAGGUUGUGCGCUUGGACCGUAAUUCCUUAACUGGGCCUGUUCCUACCAACAUCAACAACCUCACAAAAGUUGCUGAGUUGCAUCUGUCCAACAACAAGCUGACAGGACCCCUGCCAAACUUAACUGGGAUGAAUGCGCUUGCUUACCUGGACAUGAGCAACAACACCUUUGAUGCACCAGAUGCUCCUCCGUGGUUCUCCACAUUGCCUUCAUUGACAACAUUGUAUUUAGAAAAUUUAAGGAUUGGGGGGCAGGUUCCAGAGGAGUUAUUCAGUUCUUCACCAUUGCAGUCUGUGAAUUUACGGGCCAACCAUUUUAAUGGCACUCUAAAUAUCGGCUCUGGCUUCAGCAAUGAACUUCAACUUGUUGAUUUGAGGAACAAUCUUAUUGAUCAGGUUACAGUUGGAGGAUACAAGAAGGGUUUAUUACUUAUGGGUAAUCCAUUCUGUACUGAAAAUGGACCAGAUUUCCUGUACUGCAAACCUCUGAAAAAAUUAGCUCCUUCCUAUUCCACACCAAAGAACUGUGUGCCUUUCGUCUGUCCUUCAGGCCAAGAUUUAAGUCCUAAAUGCAAAUGUGCAUAUCCAUAUAGCGGCACUCUAUUUUUCAGGGCUCCUAAAUUUUCAGAUCUGGAGAAUAUAACAUAUUAUCAAAGUCUAGAAGCAAGUCUGAGAACUUCAUUUAUGAAAAGACAACUUCCUAUAGACUCGGUUUCCCUUAAGGAUCCCUCUACAGAUUCUAAUAACUACCUGAAUAUCAUUCUGGAGGUCUUUCCAGCUGGAGUAGACCGUUUCGAUCAGUUAGAUAUCCUCAACCUUGGUUUUAUUCUCAGUAAUCAAACUUUCAAACCUCCAAGCAUUUUCGGGCCAUUUUAUUUCAUGGCAGAACAAUAUAGUGCUUUUCGAGCUGUACCAUCCUCCAGCCCGAAAAAAUCAAGUAACACAACUGCGAUAAUUGGAGCAGCAGUUGGUGUAGCAGUUCUUGUAAUGAUAAUGGCAGUUAUUGCUGUUUUUGUUGUUAGAAAGAAGAAGAAAUCUGAGAAGUAUAGGGAACAGACCCAACCUUUUGAAUCCUGGGAACCUUCGAGAAACAUCGGCGCUGCUCCUCAGCUAAAGGGAGCAAGAUGGUUUUCUUUUGAAGAAAUAAAGAAAUGCACCAACGACUUUUCAGGAGCUAAUGACAUUGGAUGUGGUGGCUAUGGGAAGGUGUAUAGAGGGACCCUUAGCAAUGGGCAACUGAUAGCAGUAAAAAGAGCUCAGCAGGGAUCUACGCAAGGAGGUCUUGAAUUUAAAACUGAGAUUGAAUUGCUGAGUAGAGUUCACCAUAAGAACCUUGUCAGUCUUAUUGGAUUUUGUUUCGAGCAAGGAGAACAAAUGCUUGUUUAUGAAUAUAUUCCGAAUGGUUCACUGAAAGAAAGUCUAUCAGGUAAAUCUGGAAUCCAUCUAGACUGGAAAAGAAGACUUAGAGUUGCAUUAGGCACAGCUCGAGGUCUUGCUUAUCUUCAUGAGCUUGCAGACCCUCCGAUAAUACAUAGAGACAUCAAAUCAAGCAACAUCCUCUUAGAUGAUGUUUUGAAUGCAAAAGUCUCCGAUUUCGGUCUAUCCAAACCCAUGGGGGAUGAUAAUAAGACUCAUGUUACCACUCAAGUUAAAGGCACUAUGGGUUACUUGGAUCCUGAAUACUACAUGACUCAACAAUUAACCGAGAAGAGCGAUGUGUAUGGUUUCGGCGUCUUAUUACUCGAGCUCAUAACCGCAAAAAAGCCUAUAGAGCGAGGGCGAUAUGUUGUAAGAGAGGUCAGGAUCAAAAUGGACAAAACAAUGGAUUUAUAUGGUCUCCAAGAGCUCAUUGAUCCAAUGAUUGGACUAGGGACUACCCUUGGCGGGUUUGAGAAAUUUGUUGAUCUGACUGUAAAAUGUGUGGCAGAAAUGGGAGUUGAUCGGCCUACGAUGAGCGAAGUAGUGAAGGAGCUCGAGAUAAUAAUGCAUAUAGCUGGUAUGAACCCGGGUACUGAAUCUGCAUCUUCUUCAUCGGUGAGCUACGAAGCGACGAGCAGGGGAACAACAGGCCAUCCUUAUGGAAGUGAAUCUGCCUUUGAUUAUAGUGUUGGGGUGCCUCCAUCCAAAGUUGAACCCAAGUGCGUGCUAGUAAUUUGACAUAUACGCGUUAUGGUUUUAGCCACAUUUGAUAAGCGAGGUGACAAAGUUUUUCAAAAUUCACUGCAUGCUUCUCCCACCAAAUAAUACGAGGGGGAACUUCUGUGUGCUUCGACUGUUGAGCCAGUGAAUUGAAAUUGUAAGAACG